AUGCAUCCACUGGGACUGUGUAAUAGCAAUGAUGAAGAGGACUUGUAUGAAUAUGGCUGGGUAGGAGUUGUGAAACUGGAACAGCCUGAGUUGGAGCCUAAACCAUGCCUCACUGUUCUGGGCAAGGCAAAGCGAGCAGUGCAGCGAGGAGCCACAGCUGUCAUCUUUGAUGUGUCUGAAAACCCAGAUGCCAUUGACCAGCUGAACCAGGGCUCAGAAGACCCUCUGAAGAGGCCAGUGGUGUAUGUGAAGGGGGCUGAUGCUGUCAAACUGAUGAACAUAGUUAACAAGCAGAAAGUGGCACGAGCAAGGAUUCAGCACCGGCCCCCACGGCAACCCACAGAGUACUUUGACAUGGGGAUUUUCCUCGCCUUUUUUGUGGUGGUCUCUCUCGUUUGCCUCAUUCUUCUCGUCAAGAUCAAACUGAAGCAGCGACGUAGUCAGAAUUCCAUGAACAGGCUUGCAGUGCAGGCACUGGAAAAGAUGGAAACCAAGAAGUUCAAGUCCAAAAAUAAGGGUCACCGUGAAGGAAGCUGUGGAGCUCUGGACACACUAAGCAGCAGUUCAACCUCUGACUGUGCCAUCUGCCUGGAGAAAUACAUUGAUGGGGAGGAGUUGCGGGUGAUUCCCUGCACUCACAGAUUCCACAAAAAAUGUGUGGAUCCCUGGCUGCUGCAGCAUCAUACUUGCCCCCACUGCCGCCAUAACAUUAUAGAACAAAAGAAGGGAAACCCAGGCCCGGUAUGUUUGGAAUCCACCAACCCAGUGCGCAGCCGGCAGCAGAGGGUGAUUCUGCCAGUUCAUUAUCCUGGCCGAGUGCACAGGACCAGCCAGAUAACUGCAUAUCCCACCCGGACUAGCAUGGACUCCCAUGGAAAUCCCAUCACGGUACUUACAGUGGACCGGCAUGGUGAGCAGAGCCUGUACCCAGCACAGUCCCCUGCUUACAUCCAAAGUUACCAGCCUGUUCACUUGGAUCAUGCCUUGAACACACAUCGCUGUGGCCUGGAGCACAGAGCUUAUUCUCCAGCUCAUACCUUCCGAAGGGCCAAGUUCAAUGGACGUAACUUCUCCAAAGCAGCUUGUUUUUCCCAGUAUGAGACCAUGUACCAGCACUACUACUUCCAAGGCCUUAGCUACCCUGAGCAAGAUGGACAGUCUCCAGCUGGCAUUGCCGCAAAGGGUCCCUCCCGUGCCUUCCAGCCUGGUGGCAGCAUGCUGUUCCCUCCUGUGGUACAUGUAAUGCCCUCCUCUCGCUUGGAGAGUGGCAGCACCUCCAGUUUCAGCUGCUAUCAUGGUCACCGCUCAGUGUGCAGUGGUUACCUGGCUGACUGUCCAGGCAGUGACAGCAGCAGCAGCAGUUCUGGUCAAUGCCACUGCUCCUCCAGUGAUUCCAUGGUUGACUGUACAGAAGUCAGCAACCAGGGGGUCUAUGGGAGCUGUUCCACCUUCCGUAGCUCUCUGAGCAGUGACUAUGACCCUUACAUUUACCGCAGCAAGAGCCCCUGCCGAGUGGGGGAUGCUGGUGGCACAAACCGAGGGACGAUCGUUCUCCUGGAGGGCCCCCAUCAGGACGAGCUUCUGGCACAUGGGCACACUCUGAUGGGUGCUGACUGUCGGCCUGUGCCAGCUUCUUCCUCAGGGGACCAACUUUCUAACUGCAGCAUGGAGAUGAACUACAGCAGUAAUUCCUCACUAGAGCACAGGGAUUCAAAUGGCACUACCUCACAGGGAGGCCUCGAGGCUACUCCCAGUGCUGCCUUGGAUGUUAAAAGGAACUGGAAAGGUCCAGAAGUAGCAGGACCUCUGAUGGAGCAAGCAUGUGCUUGCUGCUUUGAGCUCCAGCACUCUGCCCUGGAGCCCAGCAGUGGGACAACAGACUGUGGUGCACUCUUCUUGGGCUCCCCACUUUGGGGAGGGUGUGGCCCGGGGCUGGAGCAGCAGCCAGGUAGUUCCCCAGGUUUGUACAGUAUUAACUCAGACCACUUGCAUAGGACAGAUGGGGUGAAAUAUGAGGGCUUGCCCUGCUGCUUCUAUGAAGAGAAGCAGGUUGCCUGUGGUGGCACCGGUAGCAGUGGAGGUGGUGGCUGCUACACAGAGGACUAUGCAGUGAGUGUACAGUACACACUUCCUGAUGAGGCCUUGCCAAGCUGCUAUAGGGGAGUGCGUGACAUAGGUCAACGCAUUCCUAUCAUUCCUGAGGACAGAGACUGUGAGCUAGUCCUGCCAAUAGAGUGCCGAGGGACCCAUGGAGGCUGUAGUUCCUGGGAUGGGACACCUGAAAUGGAUGCUCAUCUACACCGCCAAGGUCUAGGAGAGCUACAGGAGGAGAGGGAGGUGUGCUACCGGGCAAUGUCCUUCCUGCAGCAGAACUGCUCUCGGGACGAAGAAACAAGGAUGCUCUUUCACAACCCCACCCUGAGCUCCCAGGAGGCAGUAGCAACCACAGAAACUGCAGGCUCUGGAUCUCACCCCCUGGAAAGAAGCCAAAUGGGUGACUAGACCUGGCCAGACUGCCACAGAUAGACAAGGAGAGCUUUUUAUGGAGACUCCAAAUUAUGCUGGACUUUCUUUCAAACUUUUUUAGCUUUGACAAACACACAAAAGUGGUAAUGUAGAGAAGCCCCUCCCCCCACCCUAGCUGGACUGAGCCUCCCCUCCAUUCCUUGCCAGCGUGAUGCCUCCUUCAGUCCUGGGUUUAUGUAAGUGAACAAAACCCACGCAGAGCAGCUCUGAGCGCUAGUGCUAUUUUUAUACUAGUGACAAAAAGUGUUCUUUAAAUAUAUAUUUUUUUAAAACCAUUGUGCCGCUCUUGCUGGCAGGUGACACUGCUGCAUUAAACAAGGCACAGCAUGUAUAGAUACUAGGGCUGUCAGUUAAUCACAGUUAACUCACGUGAUUAACUCAAAAAUAUUAAUCGCGAUUAAUUGCAGCUUUAAUCACACUGUU